GUAACUCUAGUUGAGUAACUCUAGUUGAGUAACUCUAGUUGAGUAACUCUAGUUGAGUAACUCUACUUAUGGAUAACUCUACUUAUGGAUAACUCUACUUAUGGAUAAUUCUCCCCACACUACCCACACAACCCACACUCUAGUCUCAGGCACAUGAGGCACACGGGUCACUUUAUCUUGUCACUUCUUGGUCUCCAUACCAUGUAUAAAUAAUGUAUAGAUGUAUAGACUUGCUUGGCAAUAUGGAAUGGCCCGCCGCGCUCGUCCAUGUAAGGCAAGGCACGGCGAGCUCAACCCAAGAUCCAGCUCCCUACAGAUACUUCCAACCAGCCAUUCCCAUCUCCACACCGCAGACCCUCUUUCCUGUCUUUCUGCACUCACACGUUCACCAGCCCCAGGCCGCCAUAACUUAUACUGCACUGUGCUUAUCUGCCUUUUCUUUCCCUUCUUCUCAAGCUUUCAACCAGAUUGCCUUCCACCAGAUUGCCUUCCACCAGAUUGCCUUCCACCAGAUUGCCUUCCACCAGAUUGCCUUCCACCAGAUUGCCUGGUCUGCAAAGCCAUCACUGUCGCUCUACUGGACAAUUCUCUCCUCACACUAUCGUUGA